AUGCUGGUGCAAAUGAAAAAAACCGAUGCAUGGAAUUGUGGUAUUGGACCAGUAAGCGGUGCAAUCUCAUAUCUAAUUGCGUUUCCAGGCGAUUCAGUAGGUGUGGACCGCUGUUGCACAGAGCAUGACGCGCUUAUCGAUGAUCUUCAUGUUGCUAGGGAAGAAGCUGACCGUGUGUUUUGCCAAUGCCUAGCCAGCAGGGAAAGCUGGUGGGAUUAUCUUCUACUAUACUAUUACGAAUAA